CACACAAAAAUAUGGCAACAAAUUUGCUCUUUGCAUUUGCCAUCUUUUGGCUAUUGCCUCAGUCUGCAUUUUGCAUUACUAGACAUUAUACAUUUAAUAUUGUGCAACAUAAUGUAACGAGAUUAUGCACCACGAAGAGCAUAGUAAGCGUGAAUGGGCGUUUUCCAGGCCCUCGUCUUGUUGCAAGAGAAGGUGAUCAAAUGAUCGUUAAGGUGGUUAACCAAGUUUCCAACAAUAUAUCUAUUCAUUGGCAUGGAAUUAGGCAACUUACAAGCGGAUGGGCGGAUGGGCCAGCAUACGUUACACAAUGUCCGAUACAAACUAACCAAAGCUACACGUAUAACUUCACGAUCACCGGUCAGAGAGGAACUUUGUUCUGGCAUGCUCAUAUUUCAUGGCUGAGAUCAACAGUUUAUGGACCUAUUAUCAUCCUGCCACGACGCAACGAGUCAUAUCCAUUUAAGAAACCACACAAGCAAAUUCCAAUCAUAUUUGGAGAAUGGUGGAAUGUAAACCCUGAGGCUGUCAUUAACCAAGCUCUUCAGACAGGAGGUGGUCCAAAUGUUUCAGAUGCAUAUACAAUCAAUGGCCUCCCAGGGCCCUUGUAUAAUUGUUCUUCUAAUAAAGAUACAUUCAAGCUGAAGGUGAAGCCAGGAAAGACUUACAUGCUACGUUUGAUCAACGCUGCACUGAAUGAUGAAAUGUUCUUCGCCAUCGCCAAUCACACCCUCACUGUAGUUGAAGCAGACGCUGUUUACACCAAACCAUUUGACACAGAUGUAGUGUUUAUUACCCCUGGCCAAACAACAAACGUUCUUCUCAAAACAAAGCCGCAUUACCCGAAUGCCAACUUCCAAAUGGCGGCUCAGCCAUAUUUCACCGGCCUAGGAACGUUUGACAACUCCACUGUUGCCGGAAUCCUAGAAUAUGAAGCCCCCUUAAAUAGUUCUCCUGCUAACCAAAAUAAAAUCAAGCUCUAUAAACCAACCUUACCAAAUAUGACUUCAACAAGUUUUGUUGCCAAUUUCACCAAGAAAUUCCUUAGCUUAGCCAGCACUCAGUUCCCAGCAAACGUUCCACAAAGUGUUGACAAGCGUUUUCUAUUUGCAGUAGGACUUGGUUCUAGCCCAUGCCCCAAAAACAUGACUUGUCAAGGACCUAAUGGAACAAAAUUUGCAGCAUCGGUGAACAAUAUAUCGUUUGCCCUUCCAACGACAGCACUUCUGCAAGCUCACUAUUUUGGACAAUCUAAUGGGAUUUACACCACAGAUUUUCCGGCCAGCCCUCUAAACCCAUUCAACUAUACAGGAACACCACCAAACAACACUUUUGUAACCAAUGCAACAAAACUUGUUGUCUUACCAUUUAAUUCGAGUGUUGAGGUUGUGCUGCAGGAUACCAACAUUCUUGGUGGUGAAAAUCACCCCCUUCAUCUCCAUGGUUACAAUUUCUUCGUUGUUGGUGAAGGAUUUGGAAACUUCGAUCCUAAUAAAGACCCUGCCAACUUCAAUCUCAAGGAUCCUAUAGAGAGAAACACGGCUGGUGUCCCUGUUGGUGGAUGGCUUGCCUUUAGAUUCUUCGCAGACAAUCCAGGAGUAUGGUUCAUGCAUUGCCAUUUGGACGUGCACACAAGCUGGGGAUUGAGAAUGGCCUGGAUAGUGUUAGAUGGGCCGUUACCUAGUCAAAAACUGCCUCCUCCACCUUCAGAUCUUCCAAAAUGUUGAACAAGAACUGAAAUUCAACGGCUCACUUUGCGAUUUCUUGAGUGUUUUGAUCUUUCUUUUUUUUGUUCCUUGAAAAUUCUCCAUCAUUAAGUUAUUGUGUUAUUCUUUUCUGCUAUAUCGAAACAGUUUAGUUUAA